AUGGUGUCUCCGACGAGAUCUCGUGGCCGUUCACCGGCCGGGAAGAAGGAUGACCCCAAGAAGAACGAUGGUUCCAGCGGCUCAGGCGUCAAGACGCCGCAGCGCACGCCUUCGCCGACCCGUUCCCCUACUUGCCGUUCACGCACGCGCGACGCACGCCGUCCGCGGGAAGUCGUCGUCGAGCGAAUCAUCCGGGAAGGCAGCUCCGACAACUGGCCGCAGUUGACGAAGACGAACUACCAUGAGUGGUCGCUUCGCAUGCAGCUGAAAAUGCAGGCGCGCCACCUGUGGGACGCCGUCGAGUAUGACGACGUGGACUACGACGACGAUCGCAGCGCGCUCGACGCGAUCUGCAGCGGCGUUCCGACGGAGAUGGUCCCCAUCCUGGUGGCCAAGGCGUCUGCGAAGGAGGCCUGGGAGGCCAUCAAGACCUUCGGCAUCGGCGAUGAUCGGGUGCGGAAGGCGACUGCACAAAACCUCCGGGCGGAGUACGAGUCCAUCGCCCUCCGCGAUAGAGAACCCAUCGAGGAUUUCGCUCUGCGCAUGACUGGCAUCGUGCAGUGCCUGGCGACGCUGGGUGACCCGGAACCCGACGAGAAGGUGGUGGCCAAGUACCUGCGCGUCGUCCGCCCACGCUACAAGCAGUUGGUAAUCUCCAUUGAGACCCUUCUCGACAUUUCUCAGCUUUCAAUUGAGGAGGUCACAGGGAGAUUGAAGGCGGCCGAUGAUGUCACGCCGCCUCCGCCGCAAACCGCUAUGGCAAACUGCUACUCACCGAAGAGCAGUGGGCCGAGCGGUACAAGCAGAAGGGCCAAGAGUCCGGCCGCGGUGGCUCUAGCUCCGGCGAUCGUGGCCGGCGCCAUGGCAGAGGCCGGGGACGCGGCAAUGGCAGCAACGGCGAAGGGAGGCGACAUUGUCCUUACCGCGGGCUGCAACCAUGCCAUCGAGAUCAUGAUGGCUGUCCUUGCCAUGCCGGGCGCAAAUGUAUUGCUGCCACGGCCAGGAUACCCAAUGUAUGAAGCACGCGCAGCCUUGGGUGGGCUCGAGUUCAGGCACUACAAUCUUCUUCCGGACAAAGGAUGGGAGGUUGACAUUGAAGGUGUGGAGGCCCUUGCUGAUGAGAACACCGUCGCCAUUGUUAUGGUCAACCCGAAUAACCCUUGUGGGUCCGUAUACUCCCAUGAGCACCUGACCAAGAUUGCAGAGACAUCAAGAAAGCUCGGGAUAAUGGUAAUCUGUGAUGAAAUUUACGAGCAUUGCACAUUUGGAAGCAAGCCUUUCGUGCCCAUGGGUGUGUUUGGUGAGAUAGCUCCUGUGGUGACGCUGGGCGGCAUAUCCAAGAGGUGGAUGGUGCCUGGUUGGCGGCUUGGUUGGAUCGCAAUGACUGAUCCAAAGGGAAUCCUCAGGAAGAAGAAGAUUCUUGAGUCCAUCAUUAUCUACCGUGGCAUCUCAGUAGAUCCAGCAGCAAUUAUUCAGGUUACUAUACCCCAAAUCAUUGCAAACACGGAUGAUGUUUUCUUCACAAAUGCUAUGAACAUGAUGAGAGAAGCCGCAGAGAUAUGCUACCAGAAGCUAAAGUGCAUGGAGUGCAUCACUUGUCCUCACAAGCCAGAGGGAUCCAUGUUUGUCAUGGUAGAGCUGGAUAUCUCAUAUUUCGAUGGCAUCGACGACGAUAUUGACUUCUGCACCAAGUUGGCCAAAGAGGAGUGUGUUGUGAUCUGCCCAGGUAGUGGGCUUGGGAUGAAGAACUGGCUCCGUGUAACCUUCGCGGUAGAUCCUCCUCUGUUGGAGGAUGGGAUGGAGAGGCUCAAGUCUUUCUGCCUGAGGCAUGCAAAACCCACUAUAAAUCAUGUCACCUCGUGA